UUCGUUUCGACUGAAUUCUAAAUUUUUAGUAAUAAAAUUCUAAAAAUAUUUUUGCUCGAAAAUUAACAAAAAAAAUUCGCAAUGUGUUCUCCGUGCGGACCUUGCAGCCCUUGUGAUCCUUGUUGUGCGCCCUUCGAGUGCUCUCCAAAAUGUUACAAUGCUGCUCAGUUGGAGGCGCUGCCGCAGUGCGCACCACGUAUACCGCCCCCCUUUCCAAAAUGCAUAACCGUGCAACAGCCGCCACGUAUUAUUUGCAAAAAACGUGUGGUUUUUACCGAGAAAAUUGUGCCUGAGCCCAUGGUUGUAAACCGUUGUCGCCAGAUCACAAUUCCCAAAGUGGUCGACACAACGCGUGUGAUCAAGGUGCCGAAAUUAAUCUGGAUUUCGCAGAUGGUGCGGGAACCGCGUGUGAUCUACUAUCCCUCAAUGAUACCAGAUCCUUAUGUAGUCUGCUACCCAAAGCGCAUCUGCGAACCGCGUGAAGUGUGCCAAUCGAUACUUUGCCAACCCAAACCACAGACAAUAGAUAUACCUCCGCCCCGGGAGUAUUGUUGCUAUCCAAACGGACCCAUAAACUAUAAACCAAGUGCAGCUUGCCCGCCAUGCCCAAUCGGACCCUGUGCACCAGGCGGUGGAUGUUGCCCGUUGCCUUGCUUCUCGACAAAUCAAUAUCCAUUGUGUGAACAACGUUGCGGACCAUGUGGUCCUGGACCCUGUGGACCCUGUGGACCGUGUGGACCCUGUGGACCGUGUGGACCCUGUGGACCGUGUAGCCCCGGUGGACCGUGUGGACCCUGUGGACCGUGUGGACCCUGUGGACCGUGUGGGCCCUGUGGACCGUGUGGACCGUGUGGACCCUGCGGACCGUGUGGGCCCUGUUAAAGAGAGAAUCUGGACUUCCAGCUUAAAAUUAAAAAAGCGAGCUUGUUGCCCUCCUUGGUUUUGUAAAGGGUCGCGUGUUGAGAAAAUUGUAAUCACUCAUUAUUGGGGGCUAUACUUUCAACUGAAAAACAAAAUGUGAUUUUCUGCAAUUAAGCAGACCACAGUGGAGUACAAAUUCUGGCAACUAGACAAGCAACACUAUUCCAAGCUUACCUCUGAUCACCUAACUCUGCAGCCACUUAUGACUCUGCUUCCGGUAUCAAGGUACAGAACGGACGGCUAUUGCCAUAUGGUGCAGAAAGCAAUAUUCCGGCGGGAAUUAUAGGAAACCCUGUGUCUGACAUUGGAAAAUUCGCACGAAGACACACAAAGAUGCGCACGCGAUCUUUUUGAUGAAAGUUCAUGUAGCUGUCAUCAGCGCUGUUCCCGCUCAGGACUCUGAAUUGACGAUAAUGGAUAUCGAUAGAAUAUAAAUAUAUCUGCACAAGCAGAAGCAAAAUAACCGUCUAUUUUCAAGUGCUUUCCCUGAUAUAAACAAGAAUAUCGAAUCCAAGAACGUGGCGGAUCCUGGGGCAGAUCCCCAAGAGCUGAGUUCUGAAGUGCUGCAAAAGGGAGGUUCGAUAGUGAGGACGCCAAAGUCACAUCCGAUCGACCUUGCAGUCAGAUUAUAUAUAUAAAUAAUACUAAAUAGAAUAAGACUCUAGCUCCCAGUUUGUUAUAAUUGUGAUAUAGUAUAAAUUUAAUAUAAGUUGUUCUAAAUAAUAACAUUAUAUAAUUCAAUAAAAACCACAACAAAGGAA